AGGGUGAUCGCCGGGUCUUACCUGUGAGGAUGCUCGCCUGCAGGAUCGUCAGCAUGCUGAUGGCUUUUGUCAGCAUUGUCCUUCUCCAUAUGGCACUGACUACCGAUUAUUGGGUAGUGGUCUAUGGGGUGAAGGACAUCAUGCAUAGCGGACUCUGGCAGCAGUGUAAGAAUGGGAACUGCACUACACCAGGCACAACUAAAGAAUACAUUGCUGCCACACGCGCGUUCCUGAUCUUGGCUUCUCUGCUGGCUUUGGUAUCAGCCCUUUCUCUUGUUUUCUCCUUCACAUCUUGUGCCCACGGCGUCAUGAGCAAGCCCUUCAUCCCUUCCAUGGCUGCCUUCACUGCUGCGCUCUUCACUCUCAUUGCCGUCGCUGUGUACACUGCUGAAUCCUGGAACAACAAUACGGACCCCAAGGUCCAUUACACCUACGAGUGGUCCUUCUACCUUGGUUGGGCCGCAUUUCCCAUGCUCCUGCUGGCUGGCAUAUUCAGCCUCGUGGCCCACGUGUGCUCUCCGCGUUCCGGCUAUGAAAGGGUGUGAGCAGCACCAGGAUCCAAAGAAGAAGCCGAGGCAACCUUGCAAUGAAGACACUGUGCACAACAACGAGCCCAUUCCCUGCC